GGCGGGUGGGAAGGCGACGAGCGGAGGCGCACGACGAGGAGGGAGGAGCCACCUUUUUCAAUUUCCGACUCCAUUUUUUUUUCUUCGUUCCUUCACCCGCUCGCUUCUCUUCUCUUCUCUUCCCUACUGCUCGCGCUCAUCUCCUCCCAUCUCUCGUCUAGAAGCUUCUAGAGGCUUCGGGGGGACAGAUCACCCGCCCGCCCCCCAUGGUCUCGUGGCGGCGCAGCGCCUCCUGGCUGUCGUCGGCCUCCCGCUCCUCGCUGGGCGGCGGCGUCGGCGGGGAGGCGAAGGUAUCCCCAGAGGUGGAUCCGGCGGCCAAGGAGGACGACGAGGUAGACGAGGAGAGGUGGUCGCGCCUGCUGCCGGAGCUGCUCACGGAGAUCGUGCGGCGCGUGGACGCCAGCGCCGAGCGGUGGCCGCCGCGGCGGGACGUCGUGGCCUGCGCCUGCGUCUGCCGCCGGUGGCGCGAUGCUGCGGUCUCAGUCGUGCGGCCGCCGCUCGAGUGCGGGAGGAUCACCUUCCCGUCGUCGCUCAAGCAGCCUGGACCAAGGGAUGCACCGAUGCACUGCUUCAUCAGGAGGAACAAAAAGAACUCAACUUUUUACCUCUACCUCAGCUUAACGCAGGCCCUAACAGAUAAAGGGAAGUUUCUUUUGGCUGCUCGAAGGUUCAGACAUGGAGCACAUACAGAAUAUGUUAUCUCUUAUGACUAUGAUGAUCUGCACCCAGGAAGCAGUUCAUAUGUUGGAAAGUUGAGAUCUGACUUCUUGGGGACAAAGUUCAUCAUGUAUGAUAGCCAGCCACCAUAUGAUGGUGCUAAACCUUCUAGGAGCCAAUCUAGUCGCCGCUUUGCAAGCAAGCAGAUAAGCCCACAGGUUUCAGGUGGCAAUUUCGAAGUUGGACUAGUGACCUAUAAGUUCAACUUCCUAAAAUCAAGAGGACCAAGAAGAAUGCAGUGCAGUAUCCAGUGCCCUGCAGGUCAGGGCACUGCAUCAGAUCCAUCCAAGGAGAAAACGCCUACUCCGAGUUCCUUGGAUCUAAAAAACAAAGCUCCACGAUGGCAUGAGCAUCUGCAGUGCUGGUGCUUAAAUUUUCACGGCCGGGUGACUGUCGCCUCCGUGAAGAACUUCCAGCUCGUCGCCACUGCUGGCUCUGGUGGUCCGUGGGGCGUUGGAGACGAGGAGACAGUGAUCCUGCAGUUUGGGAAAAUUGAGGACGACGCAUUCACAAUGGACUACCGGCAGCCUCUGUCAGCCUUCCAGGCAUUUGCCAUCUGCCUUACCAGCUUUGGCACGAAGCUGGCUUGUGAAUAAGUAACUCGGUUGGUUUAUCAGUUAUAUGGGGGUUCACGUUGCAGCGUAUAGUCUGAACUAGCAUGCCCUGACACGGGAGAAAAGGCGACAGGAAAUAGGGACAGACGUUGUCCCUAACUGAACUGUUUCUGUAUCGCGUAAUGGUUGACUAAUAUGGAUUUGCUUCUAUGUUGUUGACGAGCUGAUGUACUGUUGUUGUAAAUGGCACUCCCUUUCUUU